UUUGCUCGAUUCACACCGCAUUCUGCUCUGACACUUCGCCUAGAAUUGCACGGUUGUUGUAGAUCGUUGGCUGUAGGUGACGUCAUCCUAAGGGUGGUUGAAAACUUCCAACACCCGCGAUAACCUAGUCGCCCCCAUCGCUUGCUUGUAUUGGAAGCACGGACAGUUCAUACGGUCUGGUGUCAAGGAGCCACGCACGCUUUCUUCGUCCAGGAGUGUGCUCUCGAACACGCAUGCUUAUCUUAAACCCUUAAAAAUGGUAUCGCGAAAGAGAGCCCCCCCAAGUAACGAGACCCAACCACCCAAGAGAGCUCGAACUCACAGCUCUGAAGCUACACAGAGAUUGCCGCCUAGCCCGGCAUGCCCAGGUGCAGUGAAGUCUCGCGAUCGUGGCUCACUGUCCAAAAUUCCGCCGGGGUCUGACAUCUUCGAGGCCUUUGCUAAGGUCAGAGCUGACAAAGACCUCACAGAUGAGGAGGCGUUUCUUGAGCUUCUGACAACUUAUGAUAUUCCGCUAUCCAUUCUCUCACAGAUCUCGACCAAGAAAUUGGAGGCCUCCUUUUCCAAUAUAACAUACAAGCAAAUUGUGCCAUACGUGUGGUUAGAUCCUAAUGGGGCAGGUCGAGAUAUAUUACACCUAAAUGUCUUUCGAUCUCGGAUUCCUACUGGCAUGUUUCAUGACAUUGUACAUGAUGUUGAAGAUGCUCUAACACAGUACGGUCCUAUUGAUUCUCAUGAUAAUGAGGAAGCUAGAUCCCGUUUCAUUUCCUCCCUUUUCAACCGCAUUGUUUGCCUAUUCAAGAGUGUCAUUGUGAACAAGCCAGAGACCCUGCUGGAAAGUAAGUUUACUAGGCGAGGCCGAAUAGUGCACCACUUUAUCGCACUUGACUCUGUGAGCAUCGUUUUUUUCGAGGUAAAAAAAAUCUGGACAAUGGGAAAGAGCGGCCUUGAUAUAAAGGGCCAGGUUCUGGCUGAGUGCGCGGCGUGUGACUACGCAAACUUGAAGGAGGGGCACUGGGUUCCCAUACUUGCCAUUCUCUGUGAUGGUAACAACUUCGAGUUCUUUGUAUUCGACUCUUCAGACAAGAUCAUACACUCAUCAGGCCGAAUCAUAGGUAUUAUAGUAGCUGAGCGAGGUGAUCAUGCUGAUCUCCUUGCUUCCACCAAAAGAACUUGCGAGUAUCUCUUUGACUGGUUCAUCAUGGGCUACAUUAACAGCCUUCGAUCAUUUGGACAGCAGUCAUCAAAUCGAUCACGUGUGAAGAAACGAGUGUCCACUGAUCAAUGGGAAAGUGCUCUUACCGCUGCUGAUACUGCGCACUGGUUUCUAAGAGGGGCAGCUGAAGCCGCUGAAAAUGGAAAACUUGAGGAUGCUGAGAUCAUGGCAAGCUAUGGUAUAGAGAAGUUGAAGUGUCCCCUGUCUGUGUCUUCUAUCCUCAGUCUGUAGACAAAACAGCAGAAAAGAUAUAGGAUAGCACCACUAUUCAAGCCUUAAUUUCAAGGCAAUAAGAUUGAUGUUACCGUCAUAUAUUCCGUCCACGUCAAUUCUCAAGAAUGCUUGAGGAAUAGAAUGAUAAAAUCUAGCCUAUCUUAAGCUAUCACGAUAGUUGAAAGUUCAAAUGCACGUCGAUAAGAAUCUCCAAGCUAUACCAAAAUUUCUGGAUAUCAAUAAGUCAUCAAGCGUCCGUAUGUCCUACUUCCGGGGUAACAGGUACCGUGUCUGCUGCGAGAGUCGUUAGUCAGAUGCUCUCCACGUUCAGGCAAGUAAAAUUCGGACUCAUGAUCGGGAUUGGCGGCGGUGCCCAGAAGCAUGCAGAAUUAUUUGCGACUCUUUAUUAAGCCUCCCAGCAUGCCCUGACCAUCCAUACAACUGGUAAAUAUCUAUAUGUCAUUGUUGAUGCGCUGGAUGAAUGUCAAGAUGGUUGCUUUCUUGCAUCAUCCUUGAUUACCGUACUAAAUGCAUCCAAGCGUGCGUUCA